AAGAAAAAAAACCUAUAGAACGAUAGACCUUGCUAAUUUAACAUUGUGACUUCAAGCACUUUAGAAUGAUUCCACAUCUUAGGAGGCCUGGUUAUUUGUGCCCCUUAAAAAGAUUUAAAAAAAGUAGCAUUCGCUGAGCUAAUUACAACGGUUGUUCUCCUUGUUUGCCUCUCUGGAAUCGCGUGAAGUUAUCUUCCGAUUUCUCAGUUGUAUUGACAACAGAAGCAAAAUAAAACAUGGCGGAACCUCCCCUUAGGUUUAUGAACUUCAUCUCUGAACAACAGUUGGAGGAAACUAAGGAGAAGCGUGGAGAACGUGUUGAGGACGGGUCUGCUCAGAGAGACAGACCACUUUUCGAGAUUCUAAAAGAGAACAAGGACAAGCAACAAUCAGAGUUCAAUGAGCGAUUGAAGCACAGGCCUCCAAAAGCACUCGAUGAUGACGAGACAGAGUUUCUGGAGAAAUGGGAGAUGUCUAAGAGAGAUUAUGAAAAACAUGUUGCAAAUGAGGAGGCACGAGAAUUGAAAAACUUUCAAGCUGCUGUAGCAAGUCAUACUGUUAAUAACAUUGUCUCGAAGGAAUUGGUUCCACCAAAAACAGAGGAACGUAAACUUCCAGAAAAAAAGGCAGAACAAGCGCGACGCCCUUUGAGCAGUUUAAUUAAAUUCAAACCACAACCUAAAAAAUUGAAAUUGGAUUCAGAGAAUCACAAUAAACAAUUUGAGUCAUCUACAAAAUUACAUGAAGUUAAUACGAAGGCAGUAGAUGAUGAGUCAAGCAAGCAGGAAACUGUGACAAGUAGUGUUGGAACCAAACUUAUGGGACUGGUAUCUUACAGUGAUGAAAGUGAGGAGGAUACUGAAUAAUAAAUUGAUGUCAAUUAUUGUAAAACUAUUACGUUUUGUUCAUGAUGGUUCUUGUAGUAUGGAUGAGCAUGGGCUUUAGACAAUUUCUAUUAUGCUCAUCUUAGAUAUUGCCUGUGAAUAAUGUGUCUGAAGUUGACAUGUUGCAUUCAUAUUGAGAUGCAUAUUAUUUCCCCAUUUUGUAGGAGUUAUCUGUAUCACUUUGGCAGAAAUGUAUUUCCUUACUAUAGACAUACCUGGAUUUAGUUUCUGGCUCUUUCA